AGGCUGAAGCAGCUGCGAGAGGCACCGUACACGCAGGAGGAGGCAGAGCGUGCCGCCGGGAUGGGCUCCUACAUCCCCCCGAAGAAGGUGGAAGUGCAGACCCAGCCCCUCGAGGAAGUCAUCGAGAUGGAGGCGUCCAGCUGA